UUGUUUCAAAGCAAAAAUGAGCACUCGAAGAAAAUCCAAGCCACAAAAUAUUCAAAUCCAAGCAAGUUUCACUGAAGAAAAUAAUCAAAAGUCAAACCGAAAGCGAACUAUUCAAGUCAGUCAAAACAACCAACAAUCAGGACAAAGUUCUAGUGGGAGCCAACAACAAUUUAAUCGAGGGAGUAAAGUUGCUAAAACAAAGAUAAUUACACCAAAGUUUUCUCUUCCACCUGAAGUGCUGCUUGAUGUAUUAAAAUGCCUUGAUUUCAACCAAUUAUUUUCUCUUAGACAAACCAACUUUUAUUUUUGCAAUUUAAUUAAUAAGUAUGAAGUAGAAUUGGCAAGAAUGAAACUCAGUCGGCUCGCAAAUAUAAAACUUAGUUCUAAAGUCUUUCAAAACGCGACGAGAAAAGGAGAUCUUUUCGAAAAAAUCCUUUUUUCGACAUAUCAAAACGCUAAAUACGUUAGACUUCAAUCUGGAAUUUCUGAAUUUACUUUAAAUGAUCAACUUAAGGAGAAGUGGCAAGCAGCACUAGAAAAAUCAAUUCCGUUGUAUUUAAAUCAUUUAAUAACUGAAAGGCCAAUUCUUGUUAGAAUUGUAACAAUAGAGGGCGAAAGAUAUAUUUUAUAUUUGCCAAACUUUCCAGAGGACAUUGAAGACAUGAUUACUCUUCGUUGCUGGUUAGAACGUAUAUUUAAUUGUGCUUUUGAACGUGCUUAUCUUGGUUAUAGCUUUAAUCCAGAAAUGAUUGACAUAUUAUUUGAUGAUGAUAAGACGAUUCCUCAUCAGUUUCUCACUCAAUGACUAAAAUUUUAUUUAAUUUAAAAAAUAUGGUUUCUCAUUGAUUCGAUCAAAUUGCUUUUGUUUUAAAAGUUUAUAUAUAUUUGAUUCAUUUUUUAAUCCUCAAACAUUUACUCC